AUGAGCCUCUCAAGCGCCCUGGCAGACGCCGAGUCAACGCUACAGUCGGCGGUGCGCAACGAGGCCGCGCGCUCGCUGGAGCCCGUCCGCCGGCUGCCGCAGAUGCUCGCCGCGGUCCUGCCGCAGCUGCAGCCGGCGCCGCAGGCGCUGCAGCAGGCGGGGCCGGGCGGCGAGGCGGUCACGCCCGCGGCGGCGGGCGGCCCGGCGGCGCUGGGCCCGGAGGAGGCCGCGGCGCUGCAGCAGCAGCUGCGGGACGCGGUCGCGGCGGAGGUCGGCGCGGCGGCCGCAGCGAUCCUGGAGCGGCAAGAGGAGCUGCUCGCGCGCCUGGCGGCGCCGCCGCGGCCGGCGCCGCUGGCAGAAGAGCAAUGGGACGCGCUGGGCCGCCGCCUGGCCCGGCUGGAGCGGCUGGUCGAGGCCUCCGCGCCCGCGCAGGCGUCGGCGGUGGCGGCCGCGCUCGCGCCGCUGGCCGAGGCGCAGCGGGCGGAGGCGGCUCGCGCGGGCGAGGGGGAGGGCGCGCUGGGCGCUGAGCUGGCGGCGCUGCGGGGCGCUGUCGACGCCGCGGCGGCGCAGGCCGCGGCGGCGGCAAGCGCGGCCGCCGCCGCCGCCGCUGCCGCGGCCAGCGGCGAGGGCGGCGCCCAAGCGGCGAGCGCAUCGGAGGAAGAGGGGGCCCAGGGACGGGCCUUGCUGCGGGAGGCGCUGGGGCGGAUUCAGCAGCUGGAGGGACAGAUCGGCUCAGAUCUGGGUGGCGUGCGCGCCGCAGUGGAGGAGGCCGCGCGGCGCCAGGGCGAGGCGCUGGCGGCGGCCGAGCGGCGGUGGGCGCAGGAGCGGGAGGCCGCCGAGCGCGCAACGGGGGCGGACGCAGCGGCAGCUGCCGGGCAGCUGGAGGAGCUGCAGUCUGAGGUCGGCCGGCUCAGGUGGGCCUUGCAGGAGCUGCCAACACAGGUGUCGCUGGUCCUGCAGGCGCAGAGAGGGGGCGGCGCCGACGAAAACGGCGGCGGCAGCGGCGGCGGCACGGCGGCCGCGGCGGCCGCCGCUGCUGCUGCGGCCGCCGCGUCUGCGGGGUUGGAGGAGGUGCGGGGGAUGGUGGCGGCGCUGCAGUCUGCAGUGUCCCAGCUGCAGCAGCGGGUCGAGGCGGUCGGCUACGAGGUGGCGUCCUCUGCUGAGCAGCAGCGCGCGGCGCAGCAGCAGGCAGCCGGCGCGGCGGACGAGGAGCGGCGGCGGUUGUGGGACGCGCGGGAGGCCGAGGUGGCGGCGGCGGCUGCCGCCGCCGCGGCGGGCGCAGCCGACGCGGGGCAGUUGUACAGCUCGCUGGCGGACGCGGUCGGGCAGCUGGGCGGCCAGCUUUCCUCGGAAAUCGCACUCCUGAGGUCCGAGGUUGAGGGGCAGCUGUCGUCGCUGGAGGGCCGCCUCGGCGACGCCGCGGCCGAGGCGGCCGCGGCGGCGGCGCAGGCGUCGCUUGGCGCGCUCGCGGCGGGGGCCGCGGGCGGCGCUUGGGACGGGCAGCGGCCGGUCGCGGCCGAGGUGGGCGCGGAGGAGGCGGCCGCGGCGGCUGCUGCUGGGGCUGCCGCGGGGGGCUGGCCGGCGUACGGCGCAGCACAGCUCGGCCCCGUCGCGCCCGCACAGCCCGGCUGGGAGCCCCGGGACGGCCUCUCGGCUCCGCCUCUGCAGCAGCAGCAGCAGCAGCAGCAGCAGCAGCAGCAGCAGCAGCAGCAGCAGCAGGCGCUCGCGCCCCGGCGGCCGCCCUCUCCGGCCGUCCCCGACGCGGCGGCGCUGCCCGCGGACGCGCUCAUCCCUGAAGGCCUCCGCCUGCUGCGCGCCGGCCGCGACGCGACGCGCGGCCUGGGGGCGCACGAGCUGGGCGGGCCUGACUUUGGGGCGGCCAAGGCACUGCUGGGCGGCGCGGCGGCGUGCUUCGAGCGGCACCUGGCGUCCGUGGCGCAGGGGGACAGCCGUGCGCUGGGCAACCUCGGGAACGUGCUGCUGGCGCAGGGUGAGCUGGAGAUGGCUCUGCUGGCGGAGCUGCGCGCGUCCGGCCCGCCCCGCAGCCCCGACGAGGCGCAGGGGCGGGAGCUGGCAGAGCUGCGCAUGAGGGGAGAGGCCUCCUCCCUGCUGACCCGCGCGGGGGAGAUGUUCCGCGGCGUCCUCGAGGCCGAGGGCUGGUCCUCCCGCGCCCUCAUCAACUGGGGCAAGGCCAUGACCGGCCGCGCCCAGCUGGCGGUGCAGCCGGAAGCCGCCGAGAAGCUGUACAACGCCGCCAUCGACAAGUUCGAGGCGGUGCUGGCCGAGGAGCCGGGGCUCGCGGUGGCGCAGUACCGCUGCGCGCUCGCGAUGCGCGGGCUGGCGGGGGUGGUGGCGGGCGGCGCGAGCGGCGCCGGCGGGGCGCGCGCGAGGGAGGCGGUGACGCUGCUGCAGGAUGCUGCCAACUACCUGGGGGACGCGGCGGCCGCGGCGGCGCCCGGGCAGGCGGGGGCGGACGACGGGCUGCGGGCGGCGGUGGCGGCAGCCCUGUCAGAGGUUCGGCGGGAGAUGGAGCUGCAGAGAGCGGUGUGA